ACUCCUUUGACUCACGCAAAGCAUACCCGUGUCAUAUCAUACAUACCCCCACCCACACACACACGCAGCCCCAAAUCGAGGGGUAUCACGUGACGAGAAACACAAUUUCAACCUCACCCACCACCCUACCGUACAGACCUGCCGAGCAAGCGAGAACAGAGAAUUGGCAGCCAACGAGCUCUCACAUCAACGCCAGGAUGAGCUCAAUAGAGAUCGACCCCCAAACCCCCAAACUCCUCAUCAAACAGGGCGCCGAAGCAUUAGUCUACAGCACAACCUACCUCCUCCCACACAUCCCUGCGCUCCUAAAGCACCGCCCGUCGAAACUAUACAGGCACCCAACCCUCGAUGCGCGUCUCACAAAGCAUCGCUGCCUCUCCGAAUCCCGCCUCCUGAUCCGCGCCCGCUCUCUCGGGAUCCCGGUUCCGGCCGUGUACUUUGUCGACGAGAGUCGUGGAGAGAUAUUCAUGGAGUGGAUUUCCGGGAGUUCCGUCCGGGAGGUGCUGGACAAGGUCCUUGCCCAGGAAGGUGGAGAAGUAGUGGUUGACCGAAUGAUGGUUAAGGUUGGCGCCGUGGUGGGGGCAUUGCAUGCGGCCGAUAUUGUGCAUGGGGACCUGACGACUAGUAAUAUUAUGGUUCGGAAUGCUGGGGGCUCGGAGCUUGCGGGCUCUGGGGAGAGGGAGGUUGUGUUGAUCGAUUUUGGGCUCGGAGCUGUGUCUACGCAGGAUGAGGAUAAGGCUGUCGACUUGUAUGUUCUUGAGAGGGCUUUCACCAGCACGCAUCCGAAGGCAGAGAACUUAUUCCAGGACGUCCUCAAGUCCUAUGAACAGAGCUUCAAAGGGGCAAAGGCUGUCUUGCGGAGGUUGCAGGAAGUUAGGACGAGAGGGAGAAAGCGGAGCAUGAUCGGAUGAGGCUCUAAAUACAACCCAAGACUAUAGAAAUCCCGAUCCCGAUCUCACUACAG